AUGCACAUAUCCUAUGCAAGAAUUCUGGUGGAGGCAAAUGUUACUAAAAAGCUUCCAACAGAGUUGACACUACAAGAUCCAUCUGGAAGAAUGUUCCAACAACAGAAUAAUGCCUCAACCAAAGCACAAGCACAGGAUCAACCUAUUGUGACAACAACUAAUGAGCCUAGUGUAAAAUCUGCAACAGCAAAGGACAAAGGGAAAGCAAAAGAAAGCCAAAAUCAAGAACUGUAUACAGAAUGGCCAGCAUUGACUAGUAACAGGAAAAUUAUACCUGGGCAACUUCAGUAUCAACUUGUAAUGGAUUUCAAAUCUUGUAGAGAGAAGAUGAGAGAGUUGAGAAUCCUAUGCCUCCUGAUAGAGGAGGUGAAAGAAGCUAAAGCAGAAAGGGUGAUGAGCAGAAUUACCCCUGGAUGGAACAUGAUUACUAAUUAUGAGCAUGCAAUGAAUGGUAGGGUGUGGAUUAUAUGGGAUAACCAAAUGUAUGAAGUGCAACCAAUUGAUAAACAAGAUCAAUUUAUCCAUUGCCAAGUUAUAGGGAAACAUAAUGGAAUGCAAUGCUAUCUCAUAGUGGUAUAUGGGAAAAAUGUAGUUGAACAAAGGAAGAACCUAUGGCAACAUCUUCAAAGGAUAGCACAAACAACUACAAGAUCAUGGAUAAUUGGGGGAGAUUUCAAUACACUACUUACUCCUCAAGACAGAUUGUCUAAGGUGUCUCUCACCAAUGCUGACAUUAGAGACUUCUCAGAACAUUGUUUGCCACAAUAUCUGUGUGAGCUUCCCUGGAGAGAUGACUAUUUCAUAUGGACUAAUAAACAACAAGUAGAUGCCAGAGUGUGGAGUCGCAUAAAUAGAUUAUUGGGAAAUGAUGUCUGGAUGAUGAAUAAUGCCAUAUAG